AUGACUAAAUUUAACAUCAAAUCUGUUGCCAUCAUUGGUGCUGGACCAGCUGGCAUUGCUUCGUUAUACGAAUUCUUACAUACCAAUAAAGAUGGAACCUCAACUGUGGGCAAGGAGGUUGCUGAAAAUCCAUUAUUUGACAAGAUAGUCGUAUUCGAGCAAAAGAGCCAAGCUGGUGGAAUCUGGACACCCGAUAUCGGUACAAAGAGUUUGAGGGUUCCUCCACAAUCAAUGUUUGAUACUGAACAAUAUAACAAUCCAGAUGUAAUUCACAAAUCAGAACCCAAACCGGAAGGAGUAUUAGCUGCCACAGUGGAAAAUCCUAUUCUGGUAAAGGUGAAUCCAAAGGAUGAUACACAUUUGGAUUGGCAAGAAACUGGAGUAUAUCCUGAUUUGUUCACUAAUAUUCCCAGUAGAUUUGUUCGGUUUUCGUAUCAACCAAAUGAAGAAAAGUACCAAGACCCUUCAAGAACUAUAUACCCGUUUUUGUCGCAUCACGAAUUGACCAGCAGAUUCUCUUCAUUUGUAGAGAAGGAACAAUUGGAGAAAUAUAUUAGAUUUAAAACAAGAAUUGAAGAAGUUUACAAGGAUGAAAAUAACAAAUGGGUUAUCACUGCUAAUCAUGACAAGGAGACCGUUCAUGAAUGGUAUGCCGAAGAAUUUGAUGCUGUGGUUGUUGCUAAUGGUCACUACACUGUGCCAUUUAUUCCACAUAUUCCUGGGUUAGCUGAAUAUUCCAGAAAGAACCCUGAAGUAGUCAUUCAUGCUAAAGCUUACAAAAACGUUGAUGAGUUUAAUGGAAAGUCCGUCUUGAAUGUUGGGGGUUCGAUAAGUACUGAAAACUUGAUUCAAUAUAUCUACCCUGUUGCUAGAAGAUUAUCUGUUUCCCGUAGAGGUGAUCAUAAGGUUUUUCCAUUUAUCAAUGAAGCCAUCGUGUCUGAAGGAAUAGUGGGAAAACCACCAAUAGAACGUAUUGAUCCUGAGACAGGUAUUGUUUACUUUACUGAUGGUUCUCUGGAAGGUGACUUUGAUAAGAUUUUGUUUACCACUGGAUACCACUAUCAUUAUCCAUUUUUGAAAAAGUUAAUUGAAGUCGUGGCUCCCUCUAACGCUAGUAGGGUUAGUGGUUUAUAUUGGGAUAUUUUUGCAAUUGAAGAUCCAACAUUAGCAGCUGUAGGAGUCCCAGUUACUGGGUUAAAAUUCACAUCUAUUGAAGCAGAAGCUGCUGCUGUGGCAGGUAUAUGGAGUAACUCCAAGGAUUUACCGUCUAAAGAAGAGCAAAGACAAUGGGAACAGAAAUAUGUGGCUUCCAGACCCCACAAUAUUGAUUAUCACUACUAUGCACCGGAUGAAGUGCAAGAAAAGUACAUUGAUAAGGUUAUUGACCAGUUUGCUUCUCCUUCAAGAUAUAACCCAUUAAUCGAAGAUGGAAAGCACAUUGACGAUAUCUUCUUAGGAGUAGCAAAUUUGGAGAAGUUAUUCUAUAAGUUGAAGAACAAUGAGUUGUCCAUUAAAGAUACGUUGUAUAGAGAUUAG